GCUGAAGCGGCCGGGCAUGCCGGGCAAGUGCGUGCUCUGCUCCGUACCCGGCACGGCCUGCACGCCUCGCCGGUGCGCCGUCCAGGAGGACAUGCAGCCAGCGAUCCAGUGCAAGUACUUGCUGAACCAGAAGAGUAGGGACAAACGCCCCGAGGCCCAGCAGAGCACAGGCGAGCCCGAGAAGGAGUGGCAGCCCUCGGACGACGGCGACCACGGCAGCGACGAGGACUCCGAGGGCGGAGGCGUGCCCGCUUUGCGUUCAAAGAAGGACAAGGCCGGCGGCCUCGUGUGGAAGGCGCGCCGCGUCUGCCCGGCGCAGGCCGAGCCCGACAAGCACGGCGACUACACGUACCCCCUGUGUGACCCAGAGGACGGGGCCUUCGACUCGAAGAAGACUGGAGUGAUGGUCCCGGCCGAGCACAUCGCCAAGGUCAUCGGCAAGGGCGGGGCGGGCCUCAAGCAGAUCCGCGAGACCACCGGGUGCAAGCUCCAGGUGCAGCCGAACUCGGAGCCCGCGAGCACUGGUCCCCGCCGCAUCGACGUCAGCGGCGGGCCGGCGCAGAUCGCCGCCGGCUUCCAGAUCAUCGCGGCCAAGGCGUUCCCUGAUGAGAACAACAUUCCAAGCUUGUACGUGCCGGCCGAGAACGCCGGCCAGAUCGUCGGCAAGGGCGGCGAGAACCUUCGCAAGGUGCGCGAGCUCACCCACGUGCGCGUCCAGCUCGAGCGCGAGAACGUGCCGAACGUGGCGACGGGCGUGCAGGAGCGCCUCCUCACCAUGCACGGGCAGCCGAUGCAGGUGGCCAUGGCGCUCCGCUACGUGCUCGGGUCUGGUGCGCCCCAGGGCGGCGGUGGCGGCGGCGGCAUGUCCAUGGGCGGCUUUCUCGGGAUGCCGGUGCCCGGCUCCUUCUGCAGCCAGAUCCGGGCCGCGAGCGCCGAUCCCGCGGAGACGUGCAGAUCCACUUCAAGGUGCCCGAUCGACUGGCGGGUGCCAUCAUCGGCAAGGGCGGCGAGCAGCUCAAACCUCGACGCAAGCCGGCUGCAGGGUCACCAUGACGUCGCGCGAGGGCGGCUCGGGCCGCUUCGCCAUCCUCCAGGGCACCUACGAGGCCUGCAUGGCGGCGGAGCAGGACUGCUCAGCGAGCAGGUCGCGAAGGCCGCGCAGGAGGCGGAGACGGAGGCUGGCGAGGCCACCGCCGUGUACCUCGUGCGCAAGGUGGCCGCUGGGGCCGUGAUCGGCAAGGCUGGGGCCCAGCUGAAGGAGAUCCGCGAGACAUCUGGGGCACGGAUCCAGCUGGCGCGUGACGAGGCGGAGGGCCAGCGGCCGUGCCAGAUCUCCGGCACGCUCGAACAGGUCCUGCAGGCCCAGCAAAUGAUCCACGAGGUCGCGAUCAAAGCCGCCGCGGCCGCGCCCCCGCCCGGAGCUCCCGCGGCGGUGCCGGCGGGGCUGAGCGGCAUGUCGCUCUGA